AACUUCACACUCAUGAUUUCUUGCACCAGUGUGUGUAAGGGAGUGCGUUUUGAGAUAACUCUUCUGACUGAAACAUUUCCCACAAACUUCACAUUCAUGAUUUCUUGCACCAGUGUGUGUAAGGGAGUGUGUGUUGAGGUAACUCUUCAGACUGAAACAUUUCCCACAAACUCCACACUCAUGAUUUCUUUCACCAGUGUGUGUAAAGGUGUGUGUGUUGAGGCUACUCUUCUGACUGAAACAUUUCCCACAAACUCCACACUCAUGAUUUCUUUCACCAGUGUGUGUAAGGGAGUGUGUGUUGAGGUAACUUUUUGUACUAAAUUGUUUUCCACAAACUUGACAUUUAUAGUUUUUUUCACCAGUGUGUAUUUGGAUGUGUGUGUUGAGGUUACUCUUCUGACUGAAACAUUUCCCAUAAACUUCACACUCAUGAUUUCUUUCACCAGUGUGUGUAAGGGUGUGUAAGUUGAAGUAACUCUUUUGACUGAAACAUUUCCCACAAACUUCACACUCAUGAUUUCUUUCACCAGUGUGUGUAAGGGAGUGUGUGUUGAGGCUACCCUUCUGACUGAAACAUUUCCCACAAACUUCACACUCAUGAUUUCUUUCACCAGUGUGUGUAAGGGAGUGUGUGUUGAGGCAACUCUUCCGAGUGAAACAUUUUCCACAAACUUCACACUCAUGAUUUCUUUCAUCAGUGUGUGUAAGGGUGUGUGUGUUGAGGUUACUCUUCCGAGUGAAACAUUUCCCACAAACUUCACACUCAUGAUUUCUUUCACCAGUGUGUGUAAGGGUGUGUGUGUUGAGGUUACUCUUCCGAGUGAAACAUUUCCCACAAACUUCACACUCAUGAUUUCUUUCACCAGUGUGUGUAAGGGUGUGUGUGUUGAGGCUACCCUUCCGAGUGAAACAUUUCCCACAAACUUCACACUCAUGAUUUCUUUCACCAGUGUGUGUAAGGGAAUGUGUGUUGAGGUUACUCUUCUGACUGAAACAUUUCCCACAAACUCCACACUCAUGAUUUCUUUCACCAGUGUGUGUAAGGGAGUGUGUGUUGAGGCUACUCUUCUGACUGAAACAUUUCCCACAAACUCCACAUUCAUGAUUUCUUUCACCAGUGUGUGUAAGGGAGUGUGUGUUGAGGCUACUCUUCUGACUGAAACAUUUCCCACAAACUCCACAUUCAUGAUUUCUUUCACCAGUGUGUGUAAGGGAGUGUGUGUUGAGGCUACCCUUCAGCCUGAAACAUUUCCCACAAACUCCACACUCAUGAUUUCUUUCACCAGUGUGUGUAAGGGAGUGUGUGUUGAGGUUACCCUUCUGACUGAAACAUUUCCCACAAACUUCACACUCAUGAUUUCUUUCACCAGUGUGUGUAAGAGUGUGUGUGUUGAGGCUACUCUUCCAAGUGAAACAUUUCCCACAAACUUCACACUCAUGAUUUCUAGCACCAGUGUGUGUAAGAGUGUGUCUGUUGAGGCUACCCUUCUGACUGAAACAUUUCCCACAAACUUCACACUCAUGAUUUCCUGCACCAGUGUGUCUAAGGGUGUGAUGUUUGGGGUUACUCUUAUUACUAAACCUUUUGUCACACUGACGGCUUUUGUGAGGUCUUACACCAGAGUGUGUGGGAGUAUUUGUUGAAGUCAUCCUUCCCUGCAUGUCUUUUCCCACACUCUUGGCUGUGGUUGGUGAACUUGCUCUCACUCUCAGAUCUUCUCACACUUCUGAAAUUCAAACUUCCCCCUUUGUGGGAGAGACGCCAGCAGUAGCUGUUGUUGUUGUUGUUAGUGGUGUUUCUGAUCACUCCUGAACCUCACACCAGUAGCAGUCUGCUCCUGCUGGUCCCAGCCACUCCAGCUGCUGCCCCACCUUGCAGCAUCCACUGCAACGCUACUCCAGGUGGGAGGAGUCGCUGGUCUUGCAGGAACCUCAGAGAUGCUGGAGCAGGCGGUGGCAAGUCUCCUACAGAAGCACACUCAGGGACCAGUCAAGCAGGCAAGGCCUGGGAUGCACUAAGGACUCCUGAAGUCAGCGGCAGCAAGGACGGAGGCGCUGAGCA